CGGAAUUCUCGCGAGAUGUUAGAGCAUCGUACUACUUCCAGUGCCGCAAGCAGUGAGCAACAGUUUCAGAAGCAAGUUGGCUCUCAUGGGAGCAAAUGAAGAGGACUCUGUGCUGCUGCAGACAUUGACAAGGCCGGCGGUUCUUCACCAAGAACAUGGAGAAGAUGUCACGGGUUACCACAGCCCUCAGCAGCAGUGCCGUCAGUGGUCGAACUAUGUUCUGCCACUUGGAUGCGCCUGCCAACGCCAUCAGCGUGUGCCGUGACGCCACGCAGGUGGUGGUAGCUGGCCGUAACAUCUUCAAGAUCUAUGUGCUGGAAGAGGAGCAAUUUGUGGAGAAGCUAAAUCUACGUGUCGGCCGCAAACCCUCUCUCAACUUCAGCUGCGCAGAUGUUAUGUGGCACCAGAUGGAGGAGAACCUGCUGGCCACGGCUGCCACCAAUGGGGCGGUGGUUACCUGGAACCUGGGAAAGCCCUCCCGUAACAAGCAGGACCAGCUGUUUACUGAGCACAAACGCACUGUCAACAAGGUGUGCUUCCAUCCCACAGAGGUUAACAUGCUGCUAAGUGGCUCGCAAGAUGGCUUCAUGAAGUGCUUCGACCUGCGCAAGAAGGAGUCAGUCAGCACUUUCUCAGGUCAGUCAGAGAGCGUAAGGGACGUCCAGUUCAGCAUGAAGGAUUAUUUCACAUUUGCUGCAUCCUUUGAGAAUGGCAACGUCCAGCUGUGGGACAUCAGGCGGCCGGACCGCUACGAGCGAAUGUUCACCGCCCAUACUGGCCCUGUGUUCUGCUGCGACUGGCACCCCGAUGACAGAGGAUGGCUGGCCACUGGGGGAAGGGACAAGAUGGUGAAAGUGUGGGACAUGACCACUAACCGGGCCAAGGAGAUCUAUUGUGUCCAGACGAUCGCCUCAGUGGCGCGGGUCAAGUGGCGACCUGAGAGGAAGUUUCAUUUAGCCACCUGUUCCAUGAUGGUGGAUCAUAACAUCUAUGUGUGGGAUGUCCGCAGACCUUUCAUUCCCUUUGCCACCUUCGAGGAACACAAGGAUGUGACCACUGGUAUUGUGUGGCGCCACCAGCACGACCCUCAUUUUCUGCUCUCUGGCUCUAAGGACAGCACACUCUACCAACACAUGUUCAAAGACGCCACUCGCCCUGUGGACAAGGCCAACCCCGAGGGUCUGUGCUUUGGACUGUUUGGUGACUUGGCCUUUGCAGCCAAGGAGAGUCUCAUUAGCAGUGAUGCCAACAGAAAGCCUUACCCUGGGGGUGACCGCCGCUACCCCAUCUUUUUCUUCAAGAAGCCCGACCCGACAGAACAGUUUGCCCACGUGUCCAGCGCCCUUAGCGUCUUUGAAACAGACCUGGACAGUAACCGCAUGGACUGGUUUGUCAAGACAGCACAACUCUACCUCCUCAGUGGGAAGCCGUUUGCUGAGCUGUGUGAUCACAAUGCCAAGGUGGCCCGGGAGCUCAAAAGACCUCAGGUUUCCACAACAUGGACCAUGUUGAGAAUCAUGUUCUCUGACCCAGCAAACCUCAUGCCAGGUCCAAACCACAACCUCAGUAAACUGGGCACCUUACCUCUAAUGAACAGUUUCAGCAUGAAGGAAAUGGGUUCAGGGAUGGGCACAGAGAGCAGACUGGAGCGUAGUAAAGGUGAGAGCAGGCAGGACAACAUCCACUUGGAGCCUGGGAACACACACAUCGGCAAUAAUAACGAAGAAAAUGAGGAGACAGAAGGCAGUGAGGGCCAGGCUGAGUAUAUGUUCGGUGAUGCCGAGUUAGAUGACGAUGACCUCUACUCUAUGGAGCAUGACAACCAAACAGAAGAGCAGGAGUACACGCUGCCCCAGGAGGCCUUCCAGCUACGCCACGAGAUCAUGGAUAACCCUUCUGCCCCAGAGCACCUUCAACAGGACAAGGCCGACUCCCCGCAUGUCAGCGGCAACGAGGCUGAAAUCACUUGUCUGACACCCAUCGAGUCCUUCUCACUCAUCUCCAUUUCCCAGCCACUGUUCAGCCCGCAUCUACCUGCCAGCUUCUUCUGUCCCAUUGUGCGGGAGAUGCUGAGCUACUACGCCGAGCAGGGCGACGUGCAGAUGGCCGUGUCUGUGCUUAUCGUCUUGGGGGACCGGAUCCGCAAAGAGAUUGAUGACCUCACCCAGGAGCACUGGUACAUGUCCUACAUAGACCUGCUGCAGCGAUUUGAGUUGUGGAACGUGUCCAAUGAGGUCAUCAAGUUGAGUACGUGCAGCGCCAUCACCUGCCUGAACCAGACUUCUACAACACUGCACAUCAACUGUAGCAACUGCAAGCGGCCAAUGAGCAACAGGGGCUGGAUUUGUGACAGGUGCCACCAGUGUGCCAGCGUGUGUGCAGUGUGCCACCAUGUGGUGAAGGGACUGUUUGUGUGGUGUCAGGGCUGCAGCCACGGUGGACAUCUGGAGCACAUAAUGAACUGGCUGAAGAGCAGCGCCCACUGCCCUGCUGGCUGCGGUCACCUGUGUGAGUACACCUGAGCUCAUCGACAACCACUGUUGGCACAGCUGAUGCUCUGUGGGAGCAGGAGUCAGUCCUCCGAAUGGCCUGCAUCACACAGACAGACAAACAAAACGUCUUCAUUCCUCCACAUGGACCUGGAAUCUUUUGUCCCUGUGGAAAGAAGGACAGCUCUAUGUGAGAGUGUGUGUGUGUGUGUGUGUGUGUUUGAAGCGAGAUUAGACAAACGUCUGAUCUAUUGAGUCUGAAGGAGGAAGAGGUUUACAUGUGCUCUCCUGGACAGCCAUUCAAGAGCAAACGCAAUCAUGUGUGGAUUCAUAUUUUUGUUUUGAAAUGGUGAUUUUGAACCAUUGGUCUAUUUGUAUAUAAGCAGAUGUUACGAUAGCAAUAAUCUAAUCAAAUUUUUUUUUUUUUUUGUGAAUUCACACUUUUACGUUGUUUUUAAACCCCUCAGCAAACCUGAAGGCUGUACAGAAAGAAUCGUCUACUCAUCUUAAAUGGAUUGUUAAUGUUUGUACAUAAUGCUUAUGUUAUUACGUAUUUUGAAGGACUGUUUAUAAUGUUGUAUUCAUUUUACAUGAGAAAUAGCACUCUAUUCAACCAAUACAUAUUGAAUUGACACUUGAA